AGAAGAAGACAGACAUUCAUGAUCCAACUCCGAUACAGAUAUCCAUCAGAAUGGCUGAUCCUGGAAUCAAUAGACCUAGUCUCAGUCUCGGUUGAAUAACCUAUCAUAGUGCCCAUUUUCUUUCCAAGAGAUACCUUGUCUACAUUGCCUAGUGCAGUUGUAUUCUAUAUCACCAUUGUAUGGUCUAGUUAUAUAAUGACGUCAUGGCAAUGAUCAACGAUCAGCAUGAUCAUCCAAGCCACAAGUCGACGUCAUCACCGAAUAUAUAGUCAUAUAAGCCAUAUCACCAGAACACAACAAACACACUUCAACAAACACACUUCAACAAACACACUUCAACAAACACACUUCAACAAACACACUUCAACAAACACACUUCAACAAGUACACAACAAAUACAUCCAACAAAUACAACUAUCCAUCAUGCCUUUCAGAAGUCACAGAAGCCGCAAAACCACCACCCGAACCACCAAGCCAAGUCUGAUGACCCGCCUGCGUGGCCCCAACGCCCGUACAAAGACAUACAAGACGACGACAACAACCACGACGUCCAAGUCCAACCGGCGCAGGGGCCAGAAGAGAGCCGACGAAUCAGUUCUCCCACAUCGCCAUCAUCACCAGAAGCGGAAGGUCACGCUGGGGGAUAAGCUGUCGGGCGCGAUGUUGAAGAUGAAGGGGAGCUUGACGGGCAGACCAGGCGAAAAGGCCGCUGGGACACGACGCAUGCAUGGAACGGACGGUCGAGGGAGUCAUCGUCGGAAUUAUUAAUUGGAUUCAGGAGUUACCUGGUUAUUGACGGUUGAAUAUUGUACCAUAGCUGUAUUAUUAUUUCCUAUAUAUCAACGCAAUCUCUCUCUCUCUGUGGGUGUGUUUGUCUAUAUAUAUCCUUGAGA